AUGCUACUGGACGACAGCCGUCGCUUGUACCUGCAGGUCCUCGUCCGCUGCUUCAGCAAAUCUCGACCGGCUGGCCCCAUGGGCGAGUCUGCGGCAGCACCCGCAGAGCCAGAGGGAGAAGCAGCAGCAGCAGCGGCGGCGGCGGCGGCAAGCCCCAAAGUAGAGCGCCCAGAUGUCAUCGUCGUCGCCGAUGCCGGCGAUAUCGUGCUAGACGUGACCUUCGAAACGUCAAAGGAGACGCUCAGGAAGUCUCGUAAAGCCUCGGCCUAUGCGCCCAAGAAGCCUGGCGUCGCCCCCCAGGCCGUGCUCAAGACAAAGGUCCGGGUUGCGUACCGGGUCAACCAGGACGCCCUCAAGAAGCACUCGCAGUACUUUGCCAACCUGCUGUCCAACUCGCAGUUUCGAGAGGCCGGCCUCAUCAAGGAGGCGCACAAGAAGCUUGCGACCAGGAAGGUGAAGCCGGCGGACGCAGACGCCGCAGAUCUGCCAUGGAUCACCAUCACGGAUGACGACGAGGCCACCAGGGCGGCGGGCCGCGAGCACGCAUUCGAGGACAUCCUGAGGAUCAUCCACCAGAAGCCGCCCAAGGUGGCGAGGGCGGCCAUGCCAGAGGUGGCUACAAUGGCCAUUCUUGCAGACCGCUUCGACUGCAUCACCAUCGUGGCCCGGUCUCUUAACGGAAUCCGUUGGCCAGUCACAACUACGAGGAACUAUACUGACGAGAGUGGCCGCCAUACCGACGUCGAGCAGACGCUUCGCGAGAAGAUUCUCGUCUCCUGGCUUCUUGGAAACGGCAUGAAGCUGCACCAGGCAGCACGAGAGCUGAUUUCUCGAGGAUCUCGCCUAUGGAGCGAGUACAGUGAAGAGCGCGAGGAGCUUACAGCUGCAUGGUGGUAUUUGCCUGAUGGCAUCGAGGAGGAAUUGCAAUAUAGGAGAGAGUGCGUCUUGAAUACCAUUGCAUCUGUCCAACGCCACUUUCUCGAUUUAUACUGCUCCAAGGAGCGGCAAUGCAAGCUUGGAUACGACUCUAGCGCUGCGUGUGACUCAUUCCAGCUCGGCCAGAUGCUCAAGUUCUUGACUUCCAAGAACUUGUUAUUCCUGGUUGACUUCACCCCAUCGUCUCUGAAUGCAGUACCCGAUGGCGCCAUGAUUAACAUCGACGAGCUCCUUGCUACCCUGAAACAAUGCCCCAGUUACCAGGUCGAUAAGCACCACACAAACUGCGGGCUGAGAAUUCGCAUAGAGCCAAUCAUCGACUACAUCCGGGCCAUGCUGUCCGCAAGUGGCACUUCCAUCGCGCAUGCUGACUGGAAGAAGCGCCGUUCCGAUGUGUCGUGGACAAUUCUCAGAGACAGCCGAGAGUCAGAGUAUGACUAUGAAGGCUCAAAGUUCGUCUUUACCAGGGCGGUGGCGAACGACCAGCGGCUUCGUUACGAAGGCGCCAUGUAUACUGACAGAGUGUCCAAAAGCCUGUUUACGGCGAACUCGUGGGAUUGGACGCCUGAGGCCUAGCAGGUGAUUGAGCAGGAACAAGGUCUUACGUUUUGGCGUCUGGUACGUGUAUUGACCACUUGGCAGAUUUGGGAUUGAACCUGUAUAGGUAUGCCGGCAAUGGACAAUGUCGCAAGGACUUUUUUUUUUGGUUUUAUUUUCCCUUUUAAGCACAACGAAUCCAUAGAAUGUUUGAAUGAGGGUAUAUUUAUCAUGUUCAUUACGGAUAACUUUAUCGGAGGACAGAUCAUUUAUAUCACAGCAGCGUGUUCCUCUUAU